UACGGAGAGCUAUCAUGGAAAAGACCUGGAUGCUGUGGAACUUCAUCGAAAGAUGGCUCAUAGCCUUGGCUUCGUGGUCUUGGGCUCUCUGUCGUAUUUCUCUUUUACCAUUAAUAGUAACUUUCCAUCUUUACGGUGGCAUUAUUUUGCUUUUGUUGAUAUUCAUAUCAAUCGCAGGUAUUCUCUAUAAAUUUCAGGAUGUUUUGCUUUAUUUUCCAGAACAGCCAUCCUCCUCACGCCUUUACGUUCCCAUGCCCACUGGCAUUCCACAUGAAAACAUUUUCAUCAGAACCAAAGAUGGAGUACGUCUAAAUCUGAUUUUGAUAAGGUACACUGGAGACAAUUCACCCUAUUCCCCAACUAUAAUUUAUUUUCAUGGGAAUGCAGGUAACAUAGGUCACAGGUUACCAAAUGCAUUGCUUAUGUUGGUUAACCUCAAAGUUAAUCUUUUGCUGGUUGAUUACCGAGGAUAUGGAAAAAGUGAAGGAGAAGCGAGCGAAGAAGGACUCCAUUUAGAUUCUGAAGCUGUGCUGGACUAUGUGAUGACUAGACCUGACAUUGAUAAAACGAAAAUUUUUCUUUUUGGCCGCUCCUUGGGAGGAGCAGUGGCUAUUCAUUUGGCUUCUGAAAAUUCACAUAGGAUUUCAGCCAUCAUGGUUGAGAACACAUUUUUAAGCAUACCACAUAUGGCCAGCACUUUAUUUUCCUUCUUCCCCAUGCGAUACCUUCCAUUAUGGUGCUACAAGAAUAAAUUUUUGUCCUAUAGAAAAAUUUCUCAGUGCAGAAUGCCUUCUCUUUUCAUCUCUGGCCUCUCCGACCAGUUAAUCCCACCAGUAAUGAUGAAGCAACUCUAUGAGCUCUCCCCAUCUCGGACUAAGAGAUUAGCCAUUUUUCCAGAUGGAACUCAUAAUGACACAUGGCAGUGCCAAGGCUACUUCACUGCGCUUGAACAGUUCAUCAAAGAAGUCAUCAAGAGUCAUUCUCCUGAAGAAAUGACUAAGACGUCAUCCAAUGUAACAAUUAUCUGAUAGCACCCUUUUGACUAAUGCAUUGUACUUUAAUUUGUACAGAAUGAUAAAGAAUGUUCCUUUCUAGUGCGUUACGUCUUAUUUGUCCAAAAGUGACAUUAAACUUUGAAAGGACCUCAGCAUUCCUUUAUGAAGACCCACAUCAUUUUCUACCUUUCAAGAACUGUAAUUCUAGGGGUUAUUUCAUACAUUUUCAUCAAAACUUUGAAUGUGGUUAUGUAUCCAUAAUUUUAGUUUAAUAUGUCAGUAUAAUAGGGAUUACUCCAAAAUUUCUUGUUGCUUCAGUGGUGUAAUCUGUUACACUCAGGUUACCAGCUGGGUAUAGGAGCAGAUAUGGAAACAAGAAACCUUGGGUGUAAUUCCCUUAGUGAAUAUUGGGACAAUCAUGGUAAGCAAACAUACUUCUGUAACUGUAUUUUUCACAUUAAAAGUUAAAGUGAAAUGCAUGAUGGUAUUUUAUUCCUUGACUUAUGCAAUGCACCCUUUUUAAUGUAAAUAGCACUGGUCAUAGACCGAUGUAUGGGGUACCUGGGUUAUAUCUGUUUUUAUGUAAACUCCUGGUUUUGGCAGGAAGUGAAAUGAGGCCUGUGUGCAGGUUGCCACUGAGCUUUGCUCUAGUAAAUGCUGAGGUCCAGCUUUCUCUCACAAAUAAAUGGCCCUGUUUUGCA